CUGUGGGCGGGACUUCCGGAGCGUUGAUGCGUCUACGGGUCAGGCACUACGGGUCUGGCCGGCCUCCGGACAUGAAGGUUCUAUAUUGAAGCCCAGACAGGUCGAGGGACCACAGGCUGGCGACAGAAAUGGACCUUGCGCUAUCUCAUAGCUGUCCUGUUUGUCCUGCGCUAUGAAAUUGGUGUAGUGACGUGGCUGCGCGCCCCAGUGGUGAGCAGGCUGCCUGCUGGCCCCCUGGCCCUGGAGGCUGACCCUGCUGUGACUGCCCACCAUGUGGACGCUCCUCCCCAUCCUCUGGCUCACCCUGGCCUGGGGCUCCGUGUGUGCCACCUUGUCAAAAUCAGAUGCCAAAAAAGCUGCCUCAAAGACACUACUGGAGAAGACUCAGUUUUCAGAUAAGCCUGUCCAGGAGCGGGGUUUGGUGGUGACAGACUUCAAAGCUGAGGACGUGGUCCUCGAGCAUCGCAGCUACUGCUCCGCAAAGGCACGGGAGAGGAACUUCGCUGGGGAUGUCCUGGGCUACGUCACUCCUUGGAAUAGCCAUGGCUAUGAUAUGGCCAAGGUCUUUGGGAGCAAGUUCACGCAGAUCUCACCUGUCUGGCUGCAGCUGAAGAGGCGUGGCCGGGAGAUGUUUGAGAUCACAGGCCUCCACGAUGUGGACCAAGGUUGGAUGCGAGCUGUGAGGAAGAAUGCCAAGGGCCUGCACAUAGUGCCUCGUCUUCUGUUUGAGGCCUGGACUUACGAUGAUUUCCGGAAUGUCUUAGACAGCGAGGAUGAGAUAGAAGAGCUCAGCAAGACUGUGGUCCAGGUGGCAAAGAACCAGCACUUUGACGGCUUCGUGGUAGAGGUGUGGAGCCAGCUGCUGAGCCAGAAGCACGUGGGCCUCAUCCACAUGCUCACUCAUGUGGCCGAAGCACUGCACCAGGUCCGACUGCUGGCCAUUCUCGUCAUCCCUCCUGCUGUCACCCCAGGGACCGACCAGCCGGGCAUGUUCACACACAAGGAGUUUGAGCAGCUGGCCCCAGUGCUGGAUGGCUUCAGCCUCAUGACCUACGACUACUCCACGUCACAGCAGCCUGGCCCCAAUGCACCACUGUCGUGGGUUCACGCCUGUGUCCAGGUCCUGGACCCCAAGUCCAGGUGGCGGAGCAAGAUUUUCCUGGGACUGAACUUCUACGGCAUGGACUAUGCGGCCUCCAAGGAUGCCCGUGAGCCUGUCAUCGGAGCCAGGUACAUCCAGAUGCUGAAGGACCACAGGCCGCGCAUGGUGUGGGAUGGCCAGGCUGCAGAGCACUUCUUCGAAUACAAGAAGAGCCGUGGCGGGAGGCACCUGGUCUUCUACCCAACUCUGAAGUCCCUGCAGGUACGACUGGAACUGGCCAAGGAGCUGGGCAUCGGGGUCUCCAUCUGGGAACUGGGCCAGGGUCUGGACUACUUCUACGACCUCCUCUAGACUGCAACCCCAAGCAGACACAAACUGUUCGUAGCCAUGGAAUGACCAUGUGAAAUACAGACCUCAUUCUUUGUGCUGCAA